AUGGACAAGGUCCUGUUUGUGCUCCUACUGCUGGGGGCUUUCCAUCUUGUCUUCUUCCAAGCUCAAGCCACAGUUUGCAUGGUCUGCAAGUCUUUCAAGAAUGGUCACUGUCUGAAAAGCAAGGGAAACUGCACAGUUGACUCUGGCCCUGGAUGCAGAACCAGAAAUUUUUUCACUUUCACGGACACAGGUGGAUGGUUCCACUAUCACACUGAACUGGACUGCUCAUAUCAUUGUACAUCUCAUAAUAUGUAUCUUGGGAAUGUGAAGAUAUCUACCUAUUGCUGCAAAAAUCAAGAUUUGUGCAACAGAGAUCAAGGAAAAUUAGUGAACAAAAAUGCUCACUAA